GAUCUUUCUCUCUCUCUCUCUUUUCUUCACUCUAUAUAUUUUUUAAGGCCUUGUCGUACAGUUUAUUAAGAUAGAUAGAUAUCUACCAUGUCUUUAAAAGAGAAAGAAGUAGGACAAAAAACAUCUACAGAAAAUGAACCAUCUAUUCUGUCAGAAAAUGACUAUGAAUUUGGACAGACUGAAUUUAUUGAUGUAGACCGCUCAAAAGGUUGUUCCUCAUUCAUGGCAUUUUUCAACGUGUUUUGUAUUGUUGCUGGCACAGGCAUCCUUGGUUUACCUUACGCUUUGAAACAGGGCGGCUUCAUUAGUCUUCUCAUUCUUUUCUUAUCUUGGUUAAUGUCUACUUACACAGCUACUAUCUUGAUCCGCUGUCUAUAUGCCAAUGGGAAAGCUCGCUUAUCUACUUACAAAGAAAUUGCUACUUCUGCUUUUGGUUGGUUUGGUGGCUGGCUGGCUUUUUUCUUUAACACUUGGAUUUUACUUGGCGUUCCUGUCCUUUACUUAGUCUUGUCUGGCACAAACAUCAACACACUCUGUGCAGGAACCUCAGCAGAGGUUGGCCUCAAGCCCUGGACUAUCAUUUGUUGUGUUGCUGUAGGCAUACCUUUUGUGUUCAUUAAGAGCAUGAAGGAAGCUGCCUGGAUGUCUGCUUUGAGUACCAUCACAAUCCUUAUUGUUGUUGUGAUUGUUUUCAUUAUGUGCGGCAUUGAUAGCCCCAACCAUGUCAGUGUUCAUCGAGACACUGUCAUCUGGGAUAUGUUCCCUAUUGCACUUAGUACCAUCUCUUUUAGUUUUGGUGGCAACGUUGUCUAUACUCAUGUUGAAGCCUCCAUGAAGAAGCCUCAAGACUGGACCAAAGUCAGUGUUGCUAGUCUCAGCACUUGUGCAAUUUUGUAUCUCGGCGUAGCUAUUGCAGGCUACAUUGUAUAUGGUGACCAAGUACAGAACCCCAUAUACUUUUCUAUCCCAUCCGGCGCACCCCAAACGGUGAUUAUUGUGCUGAUCACUGUCCACUGUCUGGCCACAGCACCGAUUCUUGCGACCUCGUUCAGUCUGGACAUUGAAGAGAUGUUUGAUAUUAGUGUUGAACGCUUUGGCAAGGUGAAGGAGUUCCUUGUGCGAGCUGUUGUGCGCAUUGCGACGAUGGUGGUAAUUGCUAUCAUUGCAUGUUUUGUGCCUCACUUUGGAGCAUUGAUGUCAUUGAUUGGUGCUUUUGCCAACUGUACUAUGGUGUUUGCAUUGCCUGUCUUUUGCUAUCUUAAACUCACAGGUGUUCGCAAUAAGCCCAUCUAUGAACUCGUCUGGUGCUUCUUUACUGUACUUUUGGGUAUUGUAGGUCUUGUUUUCGGUACAAUGGAGGCUGUUCAAGAGCUUAAGAGUUCGUACUAG